CUGAGUAUAACACAAGAUUUAGUUUCCUUUCUUGUAUUAUUCUGCUACAGUAUUUUCAAGGUUUGAUCAAAAACACCACAACUUUGUAAUUUCUCAUCAUAGGAUGAUCUUAGUAUAAAAGUGAUGGCUGAUAUGCAUUUCUUCAAGCAACUUUAGACUUUUUAUUGUUUGUACUUGAGUUAUAACAAAUAUUAUAGGUAUUAGUCAAAAUAAUUAUUACAUGUAUAUAUUUUACUCCCACACAGGAGGAUGAUGUGCUGCAGCAGAUUGAGAGGGAGGUGCGGAUGCGGGAGGGGGCCUAUAAGCUGCUGGCUGCUUGUUCCAACAGAGAUCAGGCCCUGGAGGCCUCCAAAAGUCUGCUAACCUGCAACACCCGGGUCCUGGCUCUGCUCAGCCAGCUGCAGAAAAUCAGGAGGGCACAAAUCUUACAGCGAGUAGGAAGCAGGUCAGAUCACAAAACAUCUGAAGACGUGCUGCCCUGCACUGGGAGAGUCUCCCUUUCAGACCUGCGAAUCCCCCUCUUGUGGAAAGACUCAGAGUACUUCAAAAACAAAGGAGAGCUGCACCGCUGUGCCGUUUUCUGCCUGCUGCAGUGUGGCGCAGACAUCCAUGACUCUGACCUGGUGAUGGUGGACAGGACGCUCACAGACAUCUGUUUUGAAGACACCAUCAUUUUCAAUAACGUAGGUCCAGAUUUCCGCCUUCGUGUUGAGCUGUACAGUAGCUGUACCGUGGAAGACUUCUCCUGGGGGGGCCCGAGCCCCCGAAAGAUCAGCUUCCUGGGAGGAUCUUUGGGACGCUCUUCAAGCAAAAAGAUCCGUUCUGCUCUGGAGUCUGCAGCCGCCUGCGGUGGAGGAGAUGUGAGACCCGGACACAUGUACCCACCGUUACCGUUUCACAACUCUGCACUGGGGCCGAAGUUCAACCUGCUGGCUCACACAACCCUGAGGAUCGAACAUGUCAGAGAAGGUUUCAAAACACACGAUUUAAUGCUUUCAGCAACAG